AUUCUAAAUCACUAGUAGUUAUUGUAACAACCGCAUUACAGUGUUCAGUUAACAACAUUCUAAGCACAUUUGUGAUCGUGCUCCAAAAAGGUUGACUUAACUCAAGCCGCCGAAGUUCUUAAUCACUCAGUAGCACUUGGUUUUCUCGUUGAGAUGCGCACGUGACGCAGAAGAUGUCCAGCCUAUAACGUCGACUGGGACCUUGUCGUUUGAUGGGUAUUUAAAGAAAAAACCCAGAGCCUAUGCUACCUGAAUUCUAUGCAAGGAUCUUGAGGAAGGAACGAGUGAGUGGAAAUUGAUUUAGGGAAUUUGGUAAAUCUACGCAACGGAAUCACUAUGAAAGAAACAGCAGUCGAUCAGCUAACAGUCCCUCCGCAAGAGGUGUUCCCUGAGGCCUAUACAAACCUGGCUUUCAUCGACAAUGAGAAACCCAUUGAGGAGGCCUUAUCUGUUGAACCUGCCCCGAAACCAAAGAAACAAGGACUGUUCAGGAAGAAAAAACCAGAAGAACCAAAAGGGAAUGUGAAGGCUAUUGGAUUCUUUCAACUGUUUCGCUACACCACUCCUCUGGAAAUCACCCUGAUCAUCGUGGGUCUAUUCUGCGCUUCAGUGCAGGGUGUCUCCCUGCCUCUCACAAUGGUGGUGAUUGGAAAUGUGGCAGACAGCUUUAUCCAGAAUGCGAAUCGGACCAAUCUGACAACUGCCAAUUUCACUGUGAAUGUGAACUCCUCAGAAUGUAUUCAAAACCAAGAAUUUGAAGCCAAGAUAACGAUAAUCUCAUAUUACUUUCUGGCACUUGGAGCUGGAGUGUUUGUCUUUGGAAGUUUGCAUGUUAUGCUGUUCCAGCUGACUGCCACCACACAGACCAAACGGAUUAGGUCAAAAUACUUCAAUGCUGUCCUCCAUCAACCCAUGGAAUGGUUUGAUACACAUCAUAUUGGUGCAAUAAACACUAGAUUAACACAGGAUAUUGACAUAAUCCAAGACGGACUGGGACACCAUGUUAGCAAUUCCGUGCAGUUCUUUUCCUCAUUUUUGACAGGAAUAAUUAUUGGCCUUAUCUAUUCUUGGGUCCUGACCCUAGUCUGCCUCUCAUUCCUCAUUCCACUCACUGCAGGAUCUACUGCUGUCGGCUCUAAAGCCCUUGUCACCUUGAAUAGCAAAGAGCUCUCUGCAUAUGCCAAGGCUGCGGCAGUAGCUGAGGAAAUCCUUGUGUCAAUCAGGACAGUCGUGGCUUUCAACGGGCAGAAUAAAGCAGUUGAGAAAUAUGAGACAAACUUGGAGGAUGCUAAAAAUAUUGGUAUGAAAAGGGCCAUUGCUGCCAAAGUUUCCCUGGGCUUGACUAUAUUCAUUGUAUAUGGGACCAAUGCAUUGGGGUUCUGGUAUGGAACAAAGCUUAUUGUUGAUGAUCCAGAAAACAACUCCAUUGGAAGAACAAUGACCGUGUUCUUUUCCGUGAUAUUGGCAGUAACCUGUUUGAGUGAGGGAGCCCAAAGCUUGGAGACAAUAGUGAAGGCCCAGAGUGCAGCCUAUGAGAUCUACAACACAAUUGACAUGCCUCGCCCAAUUGACAGUAAUUCAAAGGAAGGCCACAAACCCGAUCAAGUGAAAGGAGACAUUGAAUUCACUAACAUCCAAUUCAGUUACCCCUCCAGGAAGGACACAAAGAUCCUGAAGGGCAUGGCUCUUAAGAUCCCCCAUGGGAAGACCAUCGCCCUCGUUGGGGCCAGCGGCUGUGGAAAGAGCACCACCAUACAGCUCCUGCAGCGUUUCUAUGACCCCGACUCAGGAGAGAUCCUGCUGGACGGCCAUGAUAUCCGCUCCCUCAACGUGAAGUGGCUGAGAGAAAACAUGAGCAUUGUGAGUCAGGAACCCGUGCUCUUUGCCACAACCAUUGCUGAGAACAUUCGUUAUGGAUGUAAGGAUGCCUCAGAUGAGGACAUUGAGCGGGCAAUCAGGGAGGCCAACGCCUACAACUUUAUCUCCAAGCUUCCUGAUAAGCUGAACACCAUGGUGGGGGAGCGAGGCGCCCAGCUAAGUGGAGGGCAAAAGCAGAGGAUCGCCAUCGCCCGUGCACUGGUCAAAAACCCCAAGAUCCUCCUGCUGGAUGAGGCCACGUCAGCGCUGGACACGCAGAGCGAAGCCAUCGUGCAGGCAGCGCUGGACAAGGCAAGUGCUGGCCGCACCACCAUCAUCAUCGCUCACCGCCUGUCCACCAUCAGAACGGCUGAUGUCAUCGCCGGGUUUGACAACGGUGUGGUGACAGAACUGGGGACGCACCAGGAACUGAUGAAUUUGAAAGGAAUCUACUAUUCUCUUGUCACGCAGCAGAGUUCAGAUACAGAUGGUGAAGACGUGUCCAGUGAGUCAUCUAAUGAGACUAAUGAAGAGGACCAAAAUCAGACAUUGGAGGAAAACAAUACCUUUCCUAGAAAUAGCCUCAGACGGAAAUCCUCCAAAAAACAAUCCAGGAAAAGAUGCAAGAAAUGUGCAAAGAAUGAGAAAAAGGAAGAAGAACCUCUCCCUGAUAUCUCGUUUUCCAGGAUGCUCGCCCUGAACAAACCAGAGUGGCCAUAUCUCUUGUUAGGGACUCUCUCUGGCAUUGGAGCAGGAGCCAUUUCUCCUUGUCAUGCCAUUAUCAUUGCCCAAAUGAUUGGUGUGUUUCGUGAAACUGAUCCUGAUGUGAUACGUGACAGGACCCUGAUGUUCUCCUUGUUAUACAUUGCUGUUGGAGGGAUGGCUUUUGUGACUGAAAUCAUACAGGGUUGCACAUUUGCUAAAUCUGGUGAGCAUCUAAUAAUGAGACUUCGAAGCCAGUCUUUUUCUGCUAUGAUAAGACAGGACAUUGGUUGGUUUGAUGAUAGCAGACAUGCCGUAGGAGUUUUGAUGACUAAGUUGGCCACUGAUGCUUCACAUGUGAAAAGGGCAAUCGAAACCAGACUGAUCCUGGGCACCACCAUGGCCUCUGCUCUCACCAUCACUCUAGUCGUGGCCUUCAUCAGCAGCUGGCAGCUCACUCUCCUCGUGAUGGUCUUCAUCCCCGCCAUAAUGGGCACCACACUCAUUGCGGCGAAGGCCACGGCUGGACAGGCUGCUAAGGUUCAGAGCGCUCUGGAGCUGUCUGGAAAGAUAUCCACAGAGACUGUGGGAAACGUCCGGACUGUUGUGGCAUUAGCUCUGGAGGAUGUCAUCUUGCGCAAGUUCAUGGUCAGUCUGACCAGACCAUAUAGGGUUGGAUUGCGGAACGCACCAAUCAAUGGAGUUGCUUCCGGCAUUAGUUUGGCAAUGCCAUACCUCAACAGAGCUGCAGUCUUUCGAUUUGCGGCUUGGCUGGUUACUAACUGUUACAUUGAAUUUGGAGACGUUUUUAUGGUGGUUCUUUUGGUAACAAUGACUGCGAUGAAGUUGGCAAAGACUGCAUCUUUGUCUCCAAAUUUGGCCAUUGCGAAAGCUUCAGCACAGAGCAUAGUAGCUCUGCUACAGCGGAAACCAGAGAUCGACAUAUACAGUGAGGAAGGAGAAAAGCUGGCUGACUGUGUGGGUAACCUCGAGUUCCGUGGCGUCCACUUUGCGUACCCUACGCGGCCCAACGUAAGUGUCCUGGCGGGGCUGAACGUGUCAGUGAGGCCGGGUCAAACCCUGGCACUGGUUGGGGGCAGUGGCUGUGGGAAGAGCACGUCUGUCCAGCUGUUGGAGCGCUUCUAUGACCCGGCAGCUGGACAUGUGUACUUGGAUGGACAGGACACAAAGAAACUGAACCUGGCAUGGCUGCGCUCCCAAGUGGGCCUGGUGUCUCAGGAGCCCAUCCUGUUUGACUGCACUAUUGCUGAGAACAUCCAGUAUGGAGACAACAGCCGCGUCAUCUCUCUGGAUGAAAUUGAGGAUGCAGCAAAGAAAGCCAACAUUCACGACUUCAUCCUCAGUCUGCCAGAGAAAUAUAAUACCAGAGUUGGAGACAAAGGCACCCAGCUUUCAGGAGGACAGAAGCAGCGAAUUGCCAUUGCACGUGCGCUGGUCCGUCAGCCAAAGGUCCUGUUGCUGGAUGAGGCCACAUCGGCAUUAGACACAGAAAGUGAGAAGAUCGUUCAGAAGGCUCUGGACAAUGCACGACUCGGGCGCACCUGCGUUGUUAUCGCCCACCGCCUCGCCACCAUUCAGAAUGCUGACAUCAUUGCAGUCAUCCAAAACGGGAUGGCCGUCGAACAAGGCACGCAUGAGCAGCUGUUGGCUAAACGUGGAGCAUACUACGCCCUGGUCAAUGCCCAUGGCUCUCACAGAAGGCCAGAGAGGUUAUAACCAAGACCCAGCUCAUUCAUUUAAAUGCUUUCUAGAUUUUUAAAAUAUAUUAUUUAAGUUAUUUUUAUGAUUAUUGUUUUAAAUUGGGUGUGAUAUCUUUUUACGUUUUAAGUUCAAAUUGGUUGUUAUUAACUGCCAAAUGUCCUUCUUUUUUUGUUUUGUUUUUUAGUUAGGUGUAUGUCUACUAAAUACAGAGUAGUAUUUUAGCUAAUUUCUUUUUAAAAAAUUUUCAUUUUAAGCCUUGCUUAUACCUUUCCCAAAUUAAAUAUUUUGGAUGAUGCUAUUUAUUAUAUCAGCUGUCUGUAUUUCAUUGUUUUUAGUGUGUAUGCUUCCUUGAAAUGUUUAUUUUUACUAUUUUAAUGCCUUAAAUGUCAAAUCCUGGUAAAUUAGACUUUGGAUUUAUGAGCGUUUAAUGCCCUCUAGUGACAAAGUGGCGGACUGCUCUAUGCUCAUUUAAGUAAGCCCUCAUUUGGUUUCCACAUAUGUAUUUUUUAAAGGUAUUUCCCAGAUCAUUAAAGACUAAGCCGAAUAA